AUGGCCAAGGACAAGGAACGUUCCGUCAACCCGGCCGCAGCGCAUCGGAAACAGGAAAAGCAGAAAAAUCUGAAGAAGGGAAAAGCUGAAGCGCUGGUGCGACGUAAUGAGAAACUCGCACGACGCAACCCAGAACGCCUCCAGCGCCAAAUCAACGACCUGAAAGGCGUUGAAGAGUCAGGCGGGCAAUUACGACCACGAGACAAGGAGGUACUGGAGGCACUGGAGAAGGAUUUGCGUGCAGUAUUGAAAGCUCGCGAGGCGCUCGGCGAUAAGGCACCCAAGUUUCAUGAAAGACGGGGAGGUGACUACGGACAUGACGGGCGAGGCGCGGUACUUGGCAAGCGGAGGCGAGAUGAAUUUGCCCCGCCCGCAGAUAGUGAGAGUGACGAGACUGACGAGGAUGUACGUCGGAUACCCAUGCCGAGGGAUACACCACCGCCAAUUCCACGGCCACAGCGGAAACGUGGACCGGAGGGAGACUCAGAACGUCGUGGGUCGCAUGCACUUCCGUCGCGACCGCCUGCUAUUGAAACGAAGAAGGUCUACGAAGCUCAGCCGGAGAUUCGGGAUUUGCGACAAGAGGCUAUUAAAAAGUUUGUUCCUGCUGCUGUGCGGAUGAAGCAAGACUCUAUGCGGGGUCAAGGGAAAUUGCUUGAACCGGAGGAGAUGGAUAAACUUGAGAAGGCUGGGUAUUCAGCUGAGGCUAAGCAAUCUGCUCCAACGGGUGACGAGCUUAAAUCACUAGAAGAAGAGGAACAAAGAUUCAAUCGUGAGCUCAGGACUGUUCAGAUUGAGGAUGUCGAAGAUGAAGAGGCAUAG